AUGGACUUGAACGAUUUUAUAAAAUCGAUAGAGCGUCGGUAUAAAAUUGACUUUAAAACACUGCCUCAAUGGAAACAACUAAUAAAAAAAUUAAAUUUCGUAGAAAUGGAUUAUAGCCGCAAACUUCAUGAGGUUAAAUUAAGAAAGCUUUUCAUUGUCAAUAAGCUUUAUACAGAAAAUAUGAGACGGACACCUUUUGAGUUAACUGAAAAAUUGGCACGAACGGCUAACUUUUGGCAUAAAAGUCGUUUGACGAGUAGACAAACUAGCGAAAAUCAAACAUUAAAUACCAAAAAAGAUGUCCACCCUGUUCCAUCAAUUCAGGAUUCCAAAGAUUCUGUUAGAAAAAAUAACGAUCCGCUUUCGGAACAAGAAGCUUUAUUACACGAACUCGUUUUUAUGGAUGUGGAUAAAGAUACAAAUAAUUUACCUCUUAUUAUUUCUAAUCAACACAAAUUGUUGUCACCACUUAAUUCUCAAGACAGUGAUUUAAGUUACCAUACCUUAGAAUCGAUUAGCUUACACAAGAAAACUAAAACAAAUCAAACAGAAUGCCACUUCGUACAUUUUAAUGGUGUAAAAUGCGAUCCAAAGAAAAUUAUUAUUAGGGAUAGCACUUCUGAGGAGCAGACUAUAGAAUUUACUUUAAAGAAUAUUAGUAAUGAUUGUUGUAAAGUAAUGUUUGAAAACAUAGUCAAUCCUAGAUUUUUCAUGAAUGCAAAAGUAUUUCCACCAGUGACUAUAAAAUUGUAUCCUGGUUUGUCCUUUGUUUUCAAUUUUAAUUUUAACCUCUUACAAAAUAAAGUAGAUUUUUCGACAGACUUGUUUUUCAGAAUACUUUCUAAAGUUUCUAAAGGAGCCCAAUUAUCACGCCUUUGUAUUCCUAUUUGUACCAAAUUUUUUGACCCAAUAUCGUUAUCAGUCUCUAAUGUUGUUUAUAUCCCACCAGUCUAUAAAUGGCAUUUAAAUUCAAAGUUUGGAUAUCCCUCUGGUAUAAUCACAAUUGAAGUUAAAAAUGACAAUGAAUGCUAUUUCAGAUUAAUUAACCGAAAGAAAGAUUUAGCAAGAGAUCCAAGUCAUACGUCUGUUGACACCGUUGCAAACUCUGAAUCUGUUAUAGAUCGAAUUGAAGAUGAUAAUUUAAUAAACGACACAAGUACGUGGUCAACGACAAAAUUACUUGCGAAUAAGAACUACAAUGACGCUGAAAAAAUCAACAAUUUUAUAAAAUUUAUUAUUAAUGAUAUUAUCGAAGCUUCUUUGGAUACAUUUCUUUUUGAUUUACGUUGUAAUCAUUUGCCACCAAAGUCCAUUAAAAAGAUUAAGGUGACUUUUCACAAGAGUGAACAUACAGGUUUUCAUCAGACUUAUUGUGAUAUAGAAUUUCGUUGUAUUGACAACGGUGAAAUUAUUGAAACAAGAACGGUUAAAAUUUUUGCCGAAGUUUUACCACAUCCAUUGAAAAUAAGCCCAGUUAUAUUAGAUAUGAGUAAUUCACCAGUAGUGCACGGCAUGUACAAGGACCAUUUUGUCUUGACAAACACACACAAAAUUUACUGCGUCAAGAUUCAAAUUAAACCUUUAGCCAUAAUGCGUAAAUUGCUAACAAUUACACCUAUGACAAUAACGAUACUGCCGGAGUCAAGUAUAAAAUUUCAAGUUACUAUGUGCUCUUCGGACAAUGCGUCUGAACUUGAUGAUGAAGUAAAGGAUAUGGUCCAUUUUACGUUUAAAAUUAUUGCAACAGGUGUCAAAUCGAUAUACGAUGGUAUACCUCCAAUCUACUAUGAAAUUAUUGCGCCUUGUGCUUUACAAUUUCAUGAAGCUAAAAAAAAUAAAGUGAAUGUUAAAAUAUAA